AUGUCCUUUUCAUUGGCAAGAUUCACUCGCGCAUUUCGCCCUGCAUCUGUGCGAUGUCUCUCUACGCAUGCAACAGCCCAGUCGGCACGUAGAAGGUAUCUUCCUACGUUAUUCAUCGCUGGUGCACUUGUAGCUGCUGGUGCCUACACCAAUACAGUCCACCUUGACAGCCCACCUGUGGUGGUCUCGAAGGAUGCAGUAGAAGAUACAGUCGUUGACCCAGCAACGUCAAUUGCUUUCCCAAAGAUAAUGCGAAUCCCUUCCAAUACAAAAACUCCUCCGUUAACACUGGUAGGAGUUGGUGUCAGGACCGUGUCUUUCCUAGGCGUCAAAGUUUACUCUAUUGCGUUCUACGCAGACCUUAAUAAUCCACAUCUUAAAUCUGUCUCCCAGGUGCCAUUGGACAUUGAACCUGAGGAAAAGGUCAAAUGUAUUGUUCAGAACACCGCUUGCGUUGUCCGAAUCGUGCCAACCCGAAGCACGUCUUACACCCAUCUGAGAGAUGCAUUCAUGCGUGCAUUACAAGCACGUCUAUCUCGAGGAAUAAAGGAGGGUACCAUCACCGAAGAUACUGCUAUGGGCGCGUCAUCACCUAUGAGGGUACUCAAAGGCCUGUUCCCAAACUCACCUCUGGCGAAGCAUGUACCUCUGGAUAUUUAUCUUCCUGCACCAGACCCUAACCGACCAAGAGCACUAAUCUUCCGAGACCUUGGUUCCAUUGAAAAUGACUGGGUUGCCACUGAGUUUGUUCUAAACUAUUUUGACAAAGAAGGCCCCAGUCCUCCCCUGAAAAACUCCGUGUUUGAGAACCUGAAAUCGUUCCAAAGAUAG